UAAGCCCGCCCAUUUCCCCCUAAACGAGAAGCUAACGCCACCGAACUGCUUUAUAACAUCUACGUGACAGAAACAGGUCCGAAUUCAUCACAUAAACCAUCACAACGAGCACAUGAUAGAAGGAGCAUGGGGUCGUAACCCCGGUACCGUGUGAUCACAGCAGGGGAGCGGGGCUCCAGCGUCAGGGCUGCACACAGGAAGUGAUCAACGUGAACCUCUCAAGAUAGUUCAGGACGGAGAAGGAGAGGCGACAUGCCAUCUCAGAGGCCACUAACGUCGGACGAGGAAGCUGCACAUCUGACAUUUCCUGGCCUCCCCCGUCCCCCAUGUCUGCUUCCACGGCCUUCUCCCUACUAGUUCAGGAUGAGCCCAUGAACCCCCUCCGCAUCUCUGUCGGAGGCCUCCCCAUGUUGGCGUCCAUGGCCAGCCCCACCGACCCCCGCUUCCGCCUCAAGUGGCGUCCCAUCGUGACGGCGGCGGCGGCGCUGGCCGUGCUGCUCCUGGUCUUCCUGCAGCUCAGCCCCUCGCGCGCGGGCGGCGCCCGGAGCCGGGCCGCGACCCCGGACCCCGAGGGGCGCUACAACGACACCUACCCGCUCAGCGCGCCCCAGAGGACCGCCCACGGCACGCGCUACCGCAUCGCUGUCAUCGCCGACCUGGACACGGCCUCCCGCAGCGCCGGCAAGGAGCUGACGUGGUUCAGCUACCUGCUGCGCGGCUACCUGUCGGUGUCCCAGAGCGGGGACAAGGUGGAGGUGGAGUGGGACGCGGAGCCGGUGGUGCUGGAGAGCCACCUGGCGGAGAAGGGGCGGGGCAUGGAGCUGUCGGAGCUGGUGGCGUUCAACGGGAAGCUGUACAGCGUGGACGACCGCACGGGGAUCGUCUACCACAUCGACGGCAACAAGGCCGUGCCCUGGGUCAUCCUGCCGGACGGCGACGGCAGCGUGGCCAAAGGUUUUAAGGCGGAGUGGCUGGCCGUCAAGGAGGAGCGUCUGUACGUCGGCGGUCUGGGCAAAGAGUGGACCACCACGGCGGGCGAGUUUGUCAACCACAACCCGGAGUGGGUGAAGGUGGUGGGUUACAGAGGGGACGUCCGCCAUGAAAACUGGGUCCCCAAGUACGAGUUCCUGAGGGCGGCGGCCGGCAUCAGCCCCCCCGGCUAUCUCAUCCACGAGUCGGCAGCGUGGAGCGACACCCUGCAGCGCUGGUUCUUCCUGCCGCGCCGGGCCAGCUCGGAACGCUACGAGGAGGCGGCCGACGAGCGCCGCGCCACCAACCUGGUGCUCAGCUGCUCGCCCGGGUUCGAGCGCGUGGUGGUCAGCCGCGCCGGCCCCCUCAGCCCCACCCACGGCUUCUCCUCCUUCAAGUUCGUCCCCGACACCGACGACCAGCUCGUCCUUGCCCUCAAGUCGGAGGAGGUCGGGGGGACGGUGGCCACCUACAUCCUGGCGUUCACGCUGGACGGACGCAUCCUCCUUCCAGAGACCAAGAUCGGAGAGGUGAAGUACGAAGGCCUGGAGUUCAUCUGAAGGGCGGCAGAGCCCCUGGUGAGCGGGGCCGCGGGGUCGUUGGUUCGGGAGACUCUUGGUUCUUUACUCGGAUCAGCGUUAAAGGCUCCAGCUCCCAGCGGUCCUAACACGAACCUUAGCGGUGAGAGUGGGAGCGGUGUUGAGAACGGGCUUGAAGAGGUCACAAGAACAAGUGCCCAAAUGACCCCUUCUCCGCGGCAAAACGGGGAACCUCCAAGUGCGGUCGCCUUUUUUCUAUUUUUUUUUUUUAGAACGAAUGUAUGAAUAUUUCCUUGUAAAGAAUGUGAUGCUAGUUGUGUUGAGAAUAAAAGCUGUUUUAACAUGCCCCUCUUGUAUAAGCACACAGGGCUGAUAAUUGUAGAACAAGGAAAACAAGCACUGAUUGCUCUGCCGUCUUCAGAUACAUUGUUUAAAUAAAUAUAACACCAGUGGAAACAAUAUAGUGUGGAAUAAAAUUCAUGCCGGCAUUUUAUUCAUACAUUAAAAUACUUUCAUUUUCAACAA